AAGACGCUGCUGCGCGGUAUUAUCACAAAUACGUAAACAAACAUACUCCCACCAACGUGGGAUGCACGGCAGGCACAUUAAAAAUCCGAAUCAGCUGUUUUCCCACAGUUGUGUGCCGCACUCAAAACCCACCACGUAAUGAAAGAAAACGGACCACCAAACGUGAAAAUCGUCGCCGAAUCCAAUCUGGAUUCGACGUCGUAUGACGCCUUGAUCCUGGUGUCGGCGCCGGGCCGACAGCUGAGGGCGGCGGUCGUCCUCCAGGACACAGUCUCAUCGGCCCUCUCGUUGGAUCCGUCCCUGGCCACCGAACUGGCUAUCCUGCCCGUCGAGCUGUCGCCGGGCAGGUUGGUGCUGGCACCCACAGGAAGAAUCGAUCCCGACUACGACGACGUACGUGUUUUCAAGAACGCGGCCGUCAAGGCGGUCAGGCGGGCGCUCAAGGCGGGGAUUAACCGGCCGCUUCUCGUUCUCGAGGAGCACGAGGGUUUCCGGAAUGCGGAGCUGGUCACUUUGUUGGGAGCGCUGGAAGCUCUGUACACGCCCAUCCAAGUUCGGGAACACAACCCCACGAGGAAAAAUAAGGUCGAAUACUUAGGCGUCUUCACAAACGACUUAAACAAGACCAAUGAACUGAUAAACUUGGCAAAUAUCCUGGAAACUGGCAGAAGGAUAGCUUGCGACAUUGGGGAUGCGGAUCCGGAAAGAAUGUGCCCCCCAAAUGUGGAAGAAUACGUGUUAUCGGCUUUAGCUCCCUGUAAUUUAAAAAUCGACGUGGUGAAGGAGCUAUCCGUUAUCGAAAAAGAUUACCCCCUGUUCGAGGCCGUGAAUCGUGCCGCCAAACACCAGGCUCGUCACCAAGGCAGGAUCAUGUAUUUGGAGUACGCCCCCAAGGAAAACCAGAUCAAAGAAACCAUCUAUUUGGUGGGAAAAGGCGUGACCUACGACACCGGUGGUGCCGAUGUUAAGGUCGGGGGCGCCAUGCUUGGUAUGUCCAGGGACAAGUGUGGUGCUGCUGCUGUCGCAGGUUUCAUGUACAUCGUGGGCAUGCUGAAGCCAGCUCAUUUGAGAGUUGUGGGCGCCUUAAGUGUUGUUCGCAACAGCAUUGGAUCCGACAGUUAUGUCGCCGAUGAAGUUAUCACCGCAAGGUCCGGUGCCAGGGUCAGAGUCAUCAACACCGAUGCCGAGGGCAGGAUGGUUAUGGCCGAUGUUCUCUGUAAAUUGAAGGAGGACGCGUUGAACGCCGUGAACCCCCAUCUUUUCACCAUCGCCACCUUAACCGGACACGCACACCGCACCGUCGGAGGGGGCUACUCAAUCGUGAUCGACAACGGACCGGCCAGGAAAGCAGGCAACGACAAAAAACUUCAAGAAGCUUCGGAUUUAAUCGGGGAUCCCUUCGAAAUAUCGACGUUGAGACGUGAAGAUUUUGCUUCGCAUAGGGGAGUAGCUGAAGGCGACGACGUCGUGCAGGGACAAUCCAAGCCGUCGACUCAAUCCUGCCGCGGUCAUCAAGGUCCCAUGGCAUUUUUGGUUUUGGCAUCCGGCUUAGACCAACACGGUUCGGGCAGUGAGAAGCCUUUGAAGUACAGCCAUCUGGACAUCGCUGCUUCUGCCGGCGACCAUCCGGAUCCGGCGACUGGGGCGCCAAUUUUAGCUUUGGCGAAGAAGUUUUUGUUUUAAUUUGCAUUUAUUUUAUAAGAAUUUUCAUCAGUGGUUACUUAAAUAAAAUUUAUAUGGACAUUUAA